CCCGCCGCGGGGCGUGCAGUCUCCUCGCGGAGAGCCCGAAACGCUCCGGGCCAUGGCUGAGGGCGCGGCCGGCAGGGAGGGUCCCGCGCCGCCAGACGCGGCCGCGGGCGAAGACGACGCCCGAACGGGCACGGACGCCGGCUCCGGGGACUGCGCUCCGGCGGCGCCGGGGGGCUGGUCGAGGGACCGUCGCAGCGGGGUCGUGCUGCCGAGCGCUGGAGGGGCUCCGGCUGAUGCCGAGACCAUCCUCCUGGAGGCGGCGCGGGCGACCCCCCGGCGGAGCAGCAUCAUCAAGGAUCCUUCAAACCAAAAAUGUGGUGGAAGAAAGAAGACCGUGUCUUUCAGCAGCAUGCCAUCGGAGAAGAAAAUCAGCAGUGCCAGCGACUGCAUCAGCUUUAUGCAAGCUGGCUGUGAACUGAAGAAAGUCCGGCCAAAUUCUCGCAUUUACAACCGUUUUUUUACUCUGGACACAGACCUCCAGGCUCUUCGCUGGGAACCUUCCAAGAAAGACCUUGAGAAAGCAAAGCUUGAUAUAUCUGCCAUUAAAGAGAUCCGGCUGGGGAAGAACACGGAAACAUUCAGAAACAACGGCCUUGCUGACCAGAUUUGCGAGGACUCUGCCUUUUCCAUACUCCAUGGGGAGAACUAUGAGUCUCUGGACCUAGUUGCCAACUCAGCAGAUGUGGCAAACAUCUGGGUGUCAGGGUUACGGUACCUGGUUUCUCGAAGUAAGCAACCUCUUGAUUUUAUGGAGGGCAAGCAGAAUACACCCAGGCUCAUGUGGUUGAAAACAGUGUUUGAAGCAGCAGAUGUCGAUGGCAACGGGGUUAUGUUGGAACAUACCUCUGUAGAGUUAAUAAAACAACUCAAUCCUACCCUGAAGGAAUCUAAGAUCAGGUUAAAGUUUAAAGAAAUUCAGAAGAGCAAAGAAAAACUAACCACCCGAGUGACAGAGGAGGAAUUUUGUGAAGCUUUUUGUGAACUUUGCACCAGGCCAGAAGUGUAUUUCUUACUUGUACAGAUAUCUAAAAACAAAGAAUAUUUGGAUGCCAAUGAUCUCAUGCUCUUUUUAGAAGCUGAGCAAGGAGUUACCCAUAUCAGUGAGGAUAUGUGCUUGGACAUUAUUCGGAGAUAUGAGCUUUCCGAAGAGGGACGUCAAAAAGGGUUUCUUGCAAUUGAUGGCUUUACCCAGUAUUUGUUGUCUCCAGAAUGUGACAUUUUUGAUCCCGAGCAAAAAAAGGUUGCUCAAGAUAUGACCCAGCCAUUAUCUCACUACUACAUCAAUGCCUCUCACAACACCUAUCUCAUAGAAGACCAGUUCAGGGGGCCAGCUGAUAUUAACGGGUAUGUUAGAGCUUUGAAAAUGGGCUGUCGAAGCAUUGAACUUGAUGUAAGUGAUGGUUCAGACAAUGAACCAAUUCUUUGCAAUCGAAAUAACAUGACAAUACAUCUUUCCUUUCGAAGUGUCAUAGAGGUGAUAAAUAAGUUUGCCUUUGUUGCUUCUGAAUACCCACUCAUUCUUUGCUUGGGGAAUCACUGCUCUCUACCACAGCAGAAGUUCAUGGUUCAACAGAUGAAAAAGGUCUUUGGCAGGAAACUCUAUACCGAAGCACCUUUGCCAUCAGAAUCCUACCUCCCAUCGCCAGAAAAGUUAAAAAGAAUGAUCAUCGUAAAAGGAAAGAAAUUGCCUUCUGACCCAGAAGUUUUGGAAGGAGAAGUAACAGAUGAAGAUGAAGAAGCUGAAAUGUCUCGAAGGAUGUCAGUAGAUUACAAUGGUGAACAGAAACAUAUCUGGCUGUGUAGGGAGCUCUCUGACUUGGUAUCUAUCUGCAAAUCUGUUCAGUACAGGGAUUUUGAACUGUCUAUGAAAAGCCAAAACUAUUGGGAAAUUUGUUCAUUUAGUGAAACAGAAGCCAGCCGAAUUGCAAAUGAAUACCCAGAGGAUUUUGUAAAUUAUAAUAAGAAGUUCUUAUCAAGAGUCUAUCCAAGUGCCAUGAGGAUUGAUUCCAGUAACUUGAAUCCACAGGAUUUUUGGAAUUGUGGCUGUCAGAUUGUGGCAAUGAAUUUCCAGACUCCAGGUCCAAUGAUGGACCUUCACACAGGCUGGUUUCUUCAAAAUGGAGGCUGUGGUUAUGUUCUACGGCCAUCUAUCAUGCGAGACGAAGUCUCUUACUUCAGCGCAAAUACAAAGGGCAUUGUACCUGGGGUGUCUCCUCUCGCUCUUCAUAUCAAGAUCAUCAGUGGUCAGAAUUUUCCAAAGCCCAAGGGAGCUUGUGCCAAAGGGGAUGUCAUAGAUCCCUAUGUUUGUAUAGAGAUUCAUGGAAUUCCGGCGGACUGUUCAGAACAAAGAACUAAAACUGUACAACAAAACAGUGAUAAUCCUAUUUUUGAUGAAACUUUUGAGUUUCAAGUAAACCUACCUGAGUUGGCCAUGAUCCGUUUUGUGGUUCUGGAUGAUGACUACAUUGGGGAUGAGUUUAUAGGGCAAUAUACAAUACCGUUUGAGUGUUUGCAGCCCGGAUAUCGCCAUGUUCCCCUGCGCUCCUUUGUGGGUGACGUCAUGGAGCACGUUACCCUUUUUGUCCACAUAGCAAUAACUAAUAGAAGUGGAGGAGGAAAGGCACAGAAGCGCAGCCUUUCCGUGAGAAUGGGGAAGAAAGUUCGGGAAUACACCAUGCUCAGGAAUAUCGGUCUUAAAACUAUAGAUGACAUCUUUAAAAUAGCAGUUCAUCCAUUACGAGAAGCCAUAGAUAUGAGAGAAAACAUGCAGAAUGCCAUAGUGUCCAUUAAGGAACUGUGCGGACUUCCUCCAAUUGCCAGUCUGAAGCAGUGCCUGUUGACCCUGUCCUCUCGGCUCAUCACCAGUGACAGUACUCCCUCAGUGUCUCUUGUGAUGAAAGACAACUUUCCUUAUCUGGAGCCUCUGGGGGCAAUUCCAGAUGUGCAGAAAAAGAUGCUAACUGCUUAUGAUCUGAUGAUUCAAGAGAGCCGGUUACUCAUAGAAAUGGCAGAUACAGUCCAGGAAAAGAUUGUGCAGUGUCAGAAAGCAGGGAUGGAGUUCCAUGAGGAACUUCAUAAUCUAGGGGCUAAAGAAGGCUUGAAAGGAAGAAAACUCAACAAGGCAACUGAGAGCUUUGCUUGGAAUAUUACAGUGCUGAAGGCCACAACAAUCCCAGAUUUUGGUAUCCAGAAGGGCCAAGGAGAUCUGUUGAAGAGUGCCAAAAAUGAAGCUCUAGAAAACAUGAAGCAGAUCCAGCUGGCAUGCUUGUCUUGUGGACUCAGUAAAGCCCCCAGCACCGGCCCCGAGGCCAAGAGCAAGCGCAGCCUGGAAGCCAUCGAGGAGAAGGAGAGUGGCGAGGAGAACGGGAGGCUGGGGCCCUGAGCAGCGCCGACACCUGGACCUGUCCUGCCCGGCAAGGACUCUGGUUUUUCUUUCAGGUUUUCUUUCUUUAAGCGUUUUAGUAGUUCACAAAAAGACACCCUGUAUAGGGUGUUGGAUAUAAACUGAUAUUUUUCACUAUGUCAGAAUUUUAACAUAGUUAAUUUAUCUAAGUUAAAACCUUUAGUAGCCGUGUUUUACAUUCUGAGAUGUGUGUACACACCUGUGUAUGGAUGUGGGUGGAAGUGUGUGUGUAUGUGUGAGAGAGAGGGGGAGAGAUUAGGAGAGAACACGGAAAAAAAAACAGUGAAGUUGAGAGAUUGAGAGAGAUCGAAAUCUUAUUAAAAUCUAUUCUGUGUUGCAUUAUUCAUUUUGUAAUUUAUUACUUUAUCAUUUGGGGACAAAUUUGUUAAUCUGAGAUUCUGCAGAGCACCUACUAUAACCUGUUGCUCUUUAAUUUUGCUUCUUACCUUUGUCAUUUAAUUUA